AAACCUUUUCCUCUAUGGACUGAUGAAAAGAUAAGCUCUGUGAUUGGGCUUCGAACGGCACCCGGAAGUGACGUCUCGAGAAGCCAUAUUGGAUUGGCCGCGCUCUCUUUCCGUCCUCGCCUCCGGAUUGGCUGAGGGCGGAGCUCUCGCGAGGGCGAGAGUUGGGGUUGUUUGAAAUGGCGGCGGGCGCUUGAGGCGGAAGGAAGGGCGAGAAGGGCUGCGUAUCCCCUCUCCACAUGGAGCGUCCCCGGCUGCUGAGGACCUACACGGGCCUGAAGGGGAGUAGGCCAGGCUUGAGGGCCCGUCCAGCCCUGGAGUGGUUCCCCCCGGCCUCCCUUGGAGGAGGAGACCUGGGAGAAGACCGGAAGCGGAUCUUCAGCUCCAGCGCCUCCUCAGCAGGGGCCUCCUUCGAGGAUCCGGAUUUCCCGCCUCCAGAGAAGGAGAGGCGGAAGGGAAGGCCUCCGAGGACGAGGAAAGAGAGAGCCAGGCCUCCCAGGAAGGGGAAGAAGAGGGCCAGGCCUCCCAGGAAGAAGGAGGAGGAGGAGGAGGAAGGGAAGGGCCCCAAGGAGAACCUGGUGCCACCAACACCCUUGCGCAGGAACAUCACUCUCCGGAGGAAGGCCCAGCCGAGGCGGCCUCCCUCGCCCCUUCCGGCCCACGGAGAGGCCCCCCUCCUCUGCAGCACGCCCCAAACCGCGGCCAGGGCUCCUCCCGGAGAAGGGCCGGGCCUUUGGGACGCCUUCUACGGCUUCCAGAAGGAAGACGGCCCUCCCGACCACGACAGCGAGGCUUCCUCCUUCUUCGACGAGGAGGACGAAGACAACGAGAAGGACCUUUGCGCAGAAGCACCCUUCUACAGGGAACGUCGUCCCUCAGCAGAAGUGUCCCCAAAGGAUUCUGCUACGCAGCCAUACUCUUCAAGGCACCACCAAGAGGACUCUCCACCAUUUCAGAGUCACUCCACCACUCCAUCAAAUGACAUCUGGAGCAAGCAGGAGAAGGACCUUUGUGCAGAAGCACCCUUCUACGGGGAACGUCAUCCCUCAGCGCAAAAGCAAAGGGAUUCAGCUACGCGGCCACAGUCCUCAAGGCACCACCGAGAGGACCCUCCGCCAUUUCAGAGUCACCCCACCAAGCGAGCAAACAUCCGGAGCAAGCAGGAGAAGGACCGUUGCGCAGAAGCACCCCUCUAUGCCCAAGAACACAGUCAUCCCUCUGCAUUGCUGAGCACAGGGGAAGCGUCCUCGAGGCGAUGGGAAGGCUCUGUAGCUGAUUCGCCAUUCCAACACUGCUCCACAGAGCAACUUAGUGACACUUGGAGCAAGGAGGAGGCAUCCCUGAGACACUGGGAAGACCAAAGUGAUUCAGCUGCGCAGCCUCGAGACAUUUGGAGCAAGAAGGCAUCCCUGAGGAACUGGGAAUACCAAAGUGAUUCAGCUGCGCAGCCUCGAGACAUUUGGAGGAAGGAAAAACCAUCCCUGAGGCACCGGGAAGACCGAAGUGAUGCAGCUGCACAGCCUCAAGACAUUUGGAGGAAGGAGAAAACAUCCUUGAGGCACCAGGAAUACCAAAGUGAUUCUUUUGCACAGCCACAGUCCCCGAGGCACCAUCAGGAUGACUCUCUGGCCGAUCCUCCAUUUCAAAAUAACUCUCUGCAGCCUCAGGAUAUCUGGAGUAAGGAGAAAACGUCCUCAAGGCGCCGGGAAGACGAAAGUGACUCUUCUGCACAGUCACAACCCUCAAGAUCACCAGACUGGGCCACAGCAACGCCUGGCAGGGGGACAGCGUCCUCGGGGCAACAGGAAGACUUUGUAGCUUCGGUCCAAGACCAAACGACGGCUGUGCCACUAAAGACUGAGGCGUGCCCUUCAAAGGGAGCUUGCCAGCUGCAGGCCCGAUUCAGCGAUGGCAAGCUUGCCCUUUCCUUGCCGAGAGAGCACGCACCUCUUGCCCAGAAGAGACAGCGGAUGAAGAAGGCACCGACUGAGCUGGGCAGCACUUCCUCUGAAGAGUUGGGUGAGGGCAGGAUUGACGGGAAGAGCCCUCUUCUCCAGCCUAUAGUGGUAUUAGACAAUCAAGCCGUUCCCAAUUGGUUGGCUAGCAAGUGUUAUGAAGAGCGGGUGUUGGAUUGCCAUUCCGAGAAGAUAGAAGAUGCUUCCCGGCCCAGAUCUCCCUGCAACCUGCCUGCCAGGAGCACCCGUCGGGCGCCCCCCGUUUGCAAUACAGCAACAACUGGGAGGAAGGCGUGUAUCAGUGGUUUCAGUUCCAAGCGGUGGGGUCAACAAAAGAAACCCAAAGAGCGGCACGGAAAGAAGAAGCAGCAGGUGGAGCAAUCCCUGCAGAAUCAAGUGGAUGACGACAACAACAACAACCUGGCGUUGUCAUUUCUGUCUCCCGAAUCCUCGUUUCAGAAUUCCGCUCUGUGGCGGAGGAUCCGAGCCACUUUCUCCUUCCAUAAGAAGAAGAAAAUCCUCUCCGAGUCGGAGAGUUUCAUCGGCAGCAGCAUCGGGGCGGGCGGCUCCUUCCGCCUUUAUGGGAACGAAACCCCGCAGAGCCCUUUCACCCAAAGGAUGAGCUAUUCAAUUUGCCCUUCCUCCUCCAUGGUCCUGCUGUCACCGUUCUCCGUGUCGCAAGUGAUGCCGACGGACGCGGAAAAGGUGUACGGGGAAUGCCAGCAGAAGGGGCCCAUCUCCUUCGAAGAGUGCCUCCCUCUCCGGACGAUGCGCAAGUGCGAGAAAAUCGGGGAAGGCGUCUUUGGGGAAGUCUUCCGGGCCGAGGGCGAGCGGGGAGCCGUGGCCUUGAAGAUCAUCCCCAUCGAAGGCGCCGAGAGGGUCAACGGCGAGCCCCAGAAGACCUUUGGCGAGAUUCUCCCGGAGAUUAUAAUUUCCAAGGAGCUCAGCCUCUUGGCGGAGGAUGGCGAGGAGGAGAACCAGGUGUCGGGAUUCAUCCGGCUGCAUUCCGUCCACUGCGUGCAGGGCGCUUACCCCGAGGCGCUCCUGGACGCGUGGGACGAAUUCCACCGGCGCCGCACCUCCGAGAACGACCGGCCGGACUUUUUCGAGGCUCGCCAGCUCUUCAUGGUGCUGGAGUUCGAGGACGGAGGCACCGACUUGGAGAACAUGCGCAAGCGGAAGCUGGGCUCGGUGGCCACCGCGAAGAGCGUCCUGCAACAAGUGGCGGCCUCGCUGGCCGUGGCGGAGGAGGCUCUGCGCUUCGAGCACCGCGACCUCCACUGGGGGAACGUGCUUGUCAAGAGCACCGCCCGGAAGGAAGUGAGCGUCAGGUUGAAGGGCGAGACGCUCGCUUUCCCCACGUGCGGCAUCCUGGUCAGCAUCAUUGACUACACCUUCUCCCGGCUGGAGCGGGACGGGCUGACGGUCUACUGCGACCUCUCCACCGACGAGGAGGUCUUCCAAGGCCGAGGCGACUACCAGUUCGACGUCUACCGCCAAAUGAGAGAGGAGAACGGCAAUGAGUGGGCCGACUACUUCCCGCACAGCAACAUCUUGUGGCUCCACUACUUGGCGGAGAAACUCUUGACGGAGGUCACCUACAAGACGAAGCCAACGUCUCCCGCCUUGAAGCGCUUGCAGAAGGAGCUCAAGAGCUUCUCCGGGGAGCUUCUCGGCUUCCAGUCUGCCGGGGAUCUCUUGAAGGGAAGCCCGUUCUUCCAAUGAUAUAAGCCCCCACAACUCCCUCUUAAUGUGCCGAAGCAGGAAGAGAGCUUGUGUACUCUCUUCUGUUGUGUUGAUUUGCGUUAGGUCUUCUUAUCUUUCCGUUUUCACCUUGCCGGGCCGUUGCAAAUGCAUAACCUGGUCUCAGCAGAGUGAUAAACAACCAUUACUGUUGAUGUCACGCUGAUCAGGAAGCUUGAUUGUUCCUCGCAACCGCUUCCCAGCAAAUGAGCUUUGGGAGGCUCACAUCGUCAGCAAUGGUCCGAAAACGAUUCUGCCAGACUUUAGAUCAGAAUGCUAGUCGCAAAUAUCCCUCUAUUAAAUAUAUUCCUCUAUUAAAAUAUAUUUUGUAAGUACUGUACGCUUGAUUUUGUAUAAUCAGGCCUCACUGAUGGGCAGUGCUGCCCUCGGCAUCGUUUGCGUUUCCGAUGUCGAACGUAUUGUGUUGUAUAUUAAUAAAAAUUAAUAAAGAUUUCUAUGAUUCCUAUG